CGCGUCGGGUUAUAAUUAACGUCACGACGUCCGUGCCUCAGUAAUGCUACAAAGAUUAAUAAGUAAGGCUAAAGCGACUGUUCUUUUUUAGUACAACCUAAGUACGAUGGGCAAGUUUAUGAAAGCUGGUAAGGUUGUUCUCGUCCUUGGUGGACGUUAUGCUGGUAGAAAAGCUAUUAUUGUAAAGAAUUACGAUGAUGGCACCCAAGAUCGCCCAUAUGGCCACGCUUUGGUUGCUGGUAUAGACAAGUAUCCAUUAAGGGUAACGAAACCCAUGGGAAAGAAAAAGGUUACCAAAAGAUCCAAAAUAAAAUCAUUUAUCAAAGUUAUAAAUUAUAAUCAUCUUAUGCCUACUAGAUAUUCUGUGGAUGUUGCUCUAAAUAAAAAUAAAGUUAAUAAGGACAUAUUAAAAGAUGGCAGCAAACGACGACGUGCUAAAACAGAAAUUAAAGCUAAACUAGAAGAACGAUACAAAAGCGGCAAAAACAAAUGGUUUUUCCAAAAAUUACGUUUUUAAAUCAAGAAAAGAUCUAAAUGUGGUGUAAUUUUUCUUUGAUUAUUAACAUGGGCAAUUCCACUGAAUAUAGAUGCUAAGCGAAAA